AUGAGAUUGAUAUGCCUGUUGAGGUGUAUCCUCGCAGCACGUUUAAUUCCAUGGCUUUUUGCAUUGCCAUCAUCCUUUGCUCCUGAGAUAUUGCAACCUUUAACUUCUAUAGUACCUCCUCAUUGUACAAAAACUGCUGUCAUUAAAUCUAUGCUUUCUCAUGCAUCCGGUGAUGAUAUGAUCCGUACCACACAAAUAAAUAUUCGUAUCGGUCUUCAAAAUACUGCCUGUUUUCGAUUAGAAAAUAAUAGCAAUGAGAGAGAUUCGCUGUUCAUCGAUGUUCUCAAUGCGAAGAGCCAUGAUCAAGGUUGGCUGCAUACAUUGACAUUAUCUCAAUUAGAGCAUCACCAUCCAAUUUCACAGCAAUAUGAAUUUGCAAUCCCAGAAGUACGAACUUCUUGUAUUUGUGAAUGCAAUGUAAAUUCGGAUGUUUGCUCCGCGCGGACAUAUUCCUUUACCCAUUGCGCUUACAGUAAUAAUAAUACGCAAUCAUUACAAGAAAAUUGCUUUCGAACUUUUCAUCCAAAUCAAGCAGAUACCGGAUGUUUACCUGGUAGUCAGUCUAAGUUAUGCUGCGAGAUAAGUUUCAUACCAUACCAAAAUAAAUCAUACGUUGCAAUGAAGUUAGAGCAACCGACAACAUUCGUUACAUUCAAAUAUGUUGCAUAUGAUUAUACGGCUGGUCGUUGGAUUGAAAAGGAUAAAAAUAUAAUUCGAGUUGAAAUUGAUGGUCAAACACAGUGGCUUUUUUUGGAUAGAUGGCGAAGAUUGGAGUUAGGUGUAAGUGCAGGUGGUCGAGCUAGUCAUCAGCUUGAAAGUGGCAUGUAUUUUGCACCAAAUAAUUCAAACGGUGAAAUGGAUAAAUUGCGACAACAAAUAAUUAAUGAAAUUAAUGAGAACAACUUUGAGAAAUUAGGAUGGUUUCGUAAGGAUGCAUUGGGACAUUUUACUAUACGAAAUGGGAAGGUUAAAAUACAACGGAUGCAUUUCGCGAAAGUAGAAAAUUGUAAAGAUCAAAAAUCACAGAGUUUUCUUGAUGCUCAUCAUUAUGUCGAUUUUAAUGAUCCUGAGAAUCCUGAACGAUUUGCACUUGAAGCAUCUGUGGAACGGAUUUAUCCAUGGAUAGAAAAGGUCAGGGUUACUGAUGGAUCGAGACGUCAUGUUGUGGUGACACAUUCUGAGGGUACCAAUGUAGAAGUUGCACUACAGCUUCAUGAAGAAACAUACAGUUUGUCAUUUGUGCAUGAUUUUUCCAAAAUGGAUGAUUUUUCGGGUACUGUAAUUGUUGAUUUCAAAUCGAACCGUUUCUUUAAUUUAACUGUAUACAAUGCUACCGGUAUUAUACAUGGCACAGUGAAAAAGACAGCAGAUAAAAAUAGCAUUGAUGAAUUUCAUUUUACAACUUACAUUGGCGAUGUGCGAGGUGCCAAUAAAACCCUUAUUGUACCGCUUCCCGCACUGAUCGAUGGUGGAGAUCGAAUGAUUUGUCUUCAUGCUGAUAAUGAUAAUUCGAGUGAAGAAGAAAUCUGUCGGAUUAUUGUGUUUAAAGAAGUUGCUCUUGAGAUUAAUUUGCUGGAAAAUACAUGGAAAGAAAUUGAUGGUCACUGUCCGGAGUGCAAUAAAUUAACAGUGGGAGGUUUUUUGAGCAAUUUCAAUCCUGUCAAUUGGGCUAACGAUGUGCCUUUUGUUUUCCGACGGGUUGUAGCUUUAGUUCGCCAAGGUGUAAAUCAAAGAAUACUCAACACCGUUAAGACAGCUAUUAAGUGUUAA